AUGGCAUCAUCAAUUGUCUCCACUUUCCAUUUUGAAUCCUACCCAAGACUGUCACCUUCGAAGCUACAUGAAGAAUUUAGGGGAAAGACAGUUCUCGUGACAGGCGGUGGUUACGGAAUUGGCUCUUCAAUUGCUCGUAGCUUUGCUGAGGCUGGCGUCGCAUCGAUAAUUUUGGCGGGGCGUACUGAGUCCAGCCUGAAGUCGACAGUUAACGACUUGGCACAAUCCUUCCCAUCGCUAAAGGCCAGCUACCGCCUUGUCGAUAUCUCGUCCACAGCAUCUGUCAAGAAAUUGUUUGAAUCUCUACCGGAAUCACCCGAUACACUUGUCAACAAUGCCGGGUUUCUGUCUGAGCCUCAGAAUUUUCUUACUGCCGACAUAGACGAGUGGUGGAAAGGCUUUGAGGUUAACGUCCUUGGUGUAGUUGUCGCUCUCAAUACUGGGAGCAAGAUUGCGUUGGCCCGCAUCUUUGAGUUGGCUGUUGUUGAUGUCCCAUCAUCUGUUGCGCGCUUUAUAAGCAUUAACCCAGGCGCUGUUAAAACGGCAAUGUUUCAUAAGUCCGGACUUGAGGGAUCUUCGGAUAUGCCAACGACUGAUGCCAAGCUCUCUGCUGAGUUUAUUGUCUGGGCUACUUCAGAAGAGGCUGCAUUUUUAUCUGGACGGCUGGCAUGGGCUAAUUGGGAUGUUGACGAGUUGGUUGCCAAGAAAGAAGAGAUUGUAAACAAGGAUCUGCUCAUAUCAGGCCUUACAGGGGCAUAA